CGAUGUGGUAAGAGGGGUAUCAUGUCUAGGGACUGUAGGUGUUCGUUAAACUACCAAGGAACAGCCUGAAACCGGGGAUCCGCCAGUUCCAAACAACCACGUCUUCGGUCCCUGAGAAAGGAAAACCAACUGAUCACCGUCCGUUUAUUAAUGUUUUUGUAGGAGACAAGGAGUUCGCUGCACUCUUGGACACCGGAGCUACCAGGUCCUUCAUCAGCAGUGAAGUGGCCGCCCACUGUAAGGUAGUUGGUAUACAACCCGGAUUAUGUUAGAGACGUUACCACCACCGUCGCUAACGGAAGUUCCAUACCCAUUAGAGAAAUAUAUACCGCACCGAUCCGGAUUGGGCCUGGAAGCUAAAUUGUUAUUAGUUUCAGAUCUACCUGUCGAUGUAGUCCUGGGAAUGGAUAUACUGAGGACACACAAUUUUUCAAUCAACCUGCAAACCGCCGAAUGUUUCCUGAAUGGAAGGUCUAUCCAAGCCCGUCGCAGUGAAUCAGAGAACCGAGGACAGUUACAUGCGAUAGGACCGCUUUUGACGUCCCUGAGUGGAGAAGAGAAAGUCCGACUGGAAGAGUUCUUGCAAACCGAAUUGAAGGCUUUCGAAGACCUCCGAGGAACCACACCCCUGAUCCAACCGUAUUAAACUCAAACCAGGCACCGAACCCAUCAAGCAGCGUUAUCGUCCCCAAAAUCCGAAGAUGCAGGAAAUAAUAAACCAGGAAGUUGACCGAAUGUUGGCCGAAGGCAUCAUUGAACCGUCCUCAUCUCCGCGGAGCU